AAUCCAUGCUGAUUGUCAAGAAACUCCUAUCAUCUACUAAAGUCUUGAAAAGACUGAUUUCUUGCAGAAUUAGCGGGAAAAUGACUAUCGAAAAAUCACUUCAUUUUAUGUUAAAGAUAUAAAGCAAAUCAAUAAUGUAUAUACACUUAAAAUUACUUAAACAAAGUAAUGAAGACGUAGAAGACCGUCAGCUGACUACAUGUUACGCAGGCGACGUUUGGUAAUGUUUUGUACUUUGAAAAAAAUCAUUGCCAAAUUACUUGGUAAAUAAUCAAUUUUUUACGAAGAUGGCAGGCUUUUUGAAGGUUUUCAAAGACUGGAUAAACUUUCAAAAGGACGUGUAUAACAGUUUGGGGAAAUUUGAAAUCUUCCGAAGGCUUUUACGUGAAGGAAAUGUUCGCGUCGGGACUUUGGUUGGAGCAGACAAGUAUGGCAACGAAUAUUUCGAAAACAACUCGUAUUUUAUGGGAAGAAAUCGAUUUGUGAAAUUUCCGUACAAGGAUCAUCGUUUAUCCUUUGAUGCAAGUGAAAUUCCUCCCGAAUGGCAUCGGUGGAUGCACUACAUGACCGAUGAUCCGCCAAAUAAAGUUGUGCCCGAACAACGAAAAUGGAUGGCUGAUCAUACAGUUAAUCUUUCAGGGACAAAUAAACGUUAUGUGCCUUACAGUACCACAAGACCGAAGAUAGAAGCAUGGUCACCUCCAAAACUUAAGUAAAUGUUUCUCAACUGUUGAUUUAAAACAAGAACUGCGGAAUUUAUUUUGGAAAAGACCACAAAAAAUUGCUUUUUGAUAAGCAUCUUUUAUGUAACGGAUGUUGCACUCCAAGCCAUUUGUAAAAUGCUUCUGAGAUUGAAAAUAAAUAUAUAUAUUUAUAUGCCUGUUUUUGCACAGAA